ACUUCGGUUUUUACUUCAGUGCGCCCGAAUCAACUCUUCUGUGUUGGAGCCACAGACGUCGCUCCGUUAGAGAGCACCGAGAUCGCGAAUUCGCGCCCUAAACGAUUCGUAAACACCCUUUAUCAUCGCGAAGCGAUUAGUUUUCUGGAUUUUCGCUAAUAUCGAAAAUUUUUGUGGAAGUUUUUUAUCGAAUUAGUUUUCGGGGUGACAAUAACAUCAGCGAGAUGCUGUGAGACAUUUUCUGAAGUUUUGUCGCAACAUAGAAUUUUGUGUAUCUGUGUUUUCUGAACGUUGGUGGAUUAAUUCAUUGGAUUUUUGUUUUUGUGGAUAACUUACGUUUAUACUUUGUGAGACCUACAUUGAAUUGUGAUACUUGAGUUUUUUGUUUGGAUGAGGAUCAAAGUUGAGUGAUGUUGUGGUGCUGAAGACCAUUUUUGGGAUUUAUUUUUAUUUUGGAUUAUAUCAACAUGGAUUUUUUGUUCUAUUCAGUUUCCCUGGUACUCCUCCUCAUCAUCACAAACACCACAGCCCAGCAGCAAUACUUCCGGGUGCAACCUCGAAAUGUCAAAGUUCAGGAAGGUGGUGAGGUCAUGAUGGAAUGCGAGGUUGCCAACCUUGCUGGUCAGGUUCAGUGGACUAAGGACGGCUUCGCCUUAGGUUUCUCCAAUGUGAUUCCAGGAUUCCCUAGGUAUUCGGUAAUUGGUGACAGGAGACACGGUGUGUACAACCUGCGGGUUAGUAAUGCAUCCUUAGAGGACGACGCAGAGUACCAAUGCCAGGUGGGACCGGCCAGGAUGCACAAAGCUAUCAGGGCCAACGCCAGGCUCAGCGUCAUAUCCCCUCCGUCCUCUGUGGAGAUCCUGGAUCACCAGGUGGAUACGAAGAUCGAGAUAAAGGAGAACGAGGAAUUCCAUCUCGAGUGCAGGGUGAAGAACGCCAAGCCUGCAGCAAAGAUUGUCUGGUACAGGGGGAAUGUCGAACUCAAUAUACCUAAUCGUGAAGACAACACCAUCGAGAUACCAUCUAUAUCUGGUGGUAGGAAGAUAAGUAGAUUCGAUACACAUUCCAGGAUUUCUCUGAAGCCGACAGCUGAAGAUGAUUACGCAGAAUAUACCUGUGAAGCUAGACAUGAAGCACUCUCACCUGAUACUUCUAUGAGAGCGUCUGUUCAAUUGAGUGUUCUAUACCCUCCAGGAAUGCCGUACAUCGAAGGAUACACCGAAGGAGAGACGAUACGUCGAGGUCAGUCGGUAGAGCUGGUGUGCCGCAGCAGGGGUGGCAACCCUCCAGCACAGCUGAUUUGGUACAAAAACGGGGAGCAGAUCAGGAUGGCGUACCGGACGGCAGGACGGGUAUCUGAGAACGUUUACGCCUUCACAGCCGAGGCGAGCGACAACAAGGCGAAAUACAAGUGCGAGGCGAACAACAUCAUGUCCAAGACGCCGCUGAAGGUGCACGUUGAGAUGUCUGUCUUAUUUUCGCCAUCCCAUGUGACAAUAUCAGGACCAACUGAGGCAAGAGUUGGCGACCCUGUACCUCUAACUUGCACCACAGCAAACUCCAACCCACCAGCAGAAAUCAAGUGGAUGGUGGCUGGUAGGCAAGUCAGGAAUGCCACCUCUAGAACGCUUAUAUCCCCAGAAGGAGGAUGGGUGACAACGUCAAACAUCACAGCUGUUGUGGAGCCCAAUAGAAGGAGUCUUGUUGUGAUAUGUCAUGGAUUGAACAUGCAGUUGACUGAGAAUGUGGUUUCCACCCAUACAAUCAAUGUUCUUUAUCCACCAAGUCCUCCGUUUAUCCAUGGAUAUAAAGAAGGUUCAAUCAUAGCUGCUGGUACAGUGCAGAAAAUAUCUUGUACUUCUUCUGGUGGUAACCCUUUAGCGACCCUGACAUGGUAUAAGAAUGACAAAAAGAUCAAUUCGGUCACCAAAACAACAGACAAAUCAGUAACAGCAGAGAUAACAAUUUUAACCAAUGUGACUGACAAUGAUGCCAGAUACAGAUGUGAAGCUGCGAACUCCGCAACAGAAAUACCUCUUUUCGAAACCAUCACAAUGAAAGUGUAUUUUCCUCCAGAGACAGUUCGAAUACGUCAGGAUCCCCUGGAGUUGAAACCUAACACUCAGGCAACUCUGAUUUGCGAUUCUAGCUCUAGCAACCCUCCAGCUAAGUUGUCUUGGUGGAGAGAAGGUAUACCCGUACAAGGAGUGUUCAACACCAGUAAACCUGGUCUUCAUGGUGGAACCGUUUCGACCAUAGAGUUGAAACUGAAUGUUACCGAGCAGUUGAACGGUAUUGUCUAUACCUGUCAAGCCACCAAUGAGAAACUGGAAAGAUCUGUGCAUGAUGCUGUAACGCUUCAAGUGUUGUAUAAACCCAAAUUCGACAAAGAGAACGAAGAGGAUAUAGUUGGCAUUGAGAAUGAGCCUCUUAUCAUCUCCCUUCGUGCUGAAGGAAAUCCUCAAAGCAUCACCUACACCUGGACCAAGGAUGGUUUACCAAUCACACAAAUGUCUUCUAGCUCUGGUGUCGAAAGGAUAGUCUCAGAGGGACCCACCCUAAACAUAACGAAACUCAGCAGAAAUGAUGCAGGCACUUACAUCUGCGAAGCUAUCAAUUCACAAGGAGGUUCAGUCUUCAAUAUCAACAUCACAGUAAACUAUCCUGCAGCAAUUGUUGCGACAAGUGAGAACGUUAUAGCUAGCCCGAAAGAAGACGCAACUCUGUCUUGUUCAGCCGAAGGGAAUCCCUUGUCCGAUGAUUCUAUACAGUGGAAGAGAGAUGACUUUCCUGAUUUCAACGCUAGAACUUCUGUUAUGUACGACAAAAAUGGUACCUCCUACCUUCGGAUAAGUGGUGUGACACGAGAGGAUCUUGGAAAUUUCGAAUGUGUAGUGAAUAAUGGUGUCGGAAACAAUUCAACUUCGAAGAAUGUGAUGCUGAUAGUUAAACAUAAACCUGAAAUAGAUGAGCAUCCAACACUAUUGAAAUUCGCAAGUGACGCUGGCAACACUGCAAAACUCGUAUGUAAGGCUCAGGCUUCUCCGUUGGCAAAAUUUUCAUGGGCUAGGAACGGUUCCCCAAUAGCACCAAACAAUACAAGCAAAUACUACGCCACUUUCAAACAGAUCGACGUUCUAACCUCAGAAUCCACUCUCUACAUCACCCACAUAACCUCUGCGGACUACGGUAGCUACGAAUGCGUAGCCAGAAACGAAUUGGGCUUUGACACAUUAUCGCCCCGCCUUGAAGUCACCGCACCGCCUGACCCGCCAUCUUUGUUGCACGUCAUCAACGUCACCCACGAUUCUAUCACGUUAGGUUGGACGCCUGGUUUCAACGGAGGCAUGAAAGCAUCUUAUCGGAUAAGGUAUAGGGAAGUGGAUUCGGAUAGUUACAAAUACGAAGAUGUUCAUCCAACUGAAGCCGUCAACUAUACGGUUAAGGGAUUGGCUAUCAACACCCGGUAUAUUUUCUCCAUUAUGGCUAUGAACAAGUUGGGAAAUAGCAACUUUUUGCCGGAUCUCACAGCAGGACAGACUUCGAUGUUUGUUGGUGAUCCGUCAAUACCUACCGAUAUACCAACGGUGAUCAGGGAAAAACAGGAUUUACCAAGGACUGUUAUUAUUUCUAUUUCUAUCAUUGGUGUUAUUCUGUUGUUGAUCAAUAUCGGACUAGUUGCUGGAUGUCUGUUCAAGAAGAGAGCGAAAAAGCUUAGAGAACAAAACAACCAAUCGAACAAAUCUGCGACGAUUGAGAUGUAUGCACCUAGCAGUUAUAAUGACACCGUUACUGGAGAAACCCUGUCAUCUGUCAGCGAAAAGAGUGAGACUUAUAGCAAUGAAGGAAGUCAUAAUGACUAUACAGAGGACAGCAGAAAACAAACAGCAACCACGUACAUAAUGGACCAACCAGACUAUCCCGGUGCGUAUCCCGGUUAUGAGCUACAAAUGCAACCCACCAUGGUUAACAAAACUCACACUCUCCCACAUCCCCACCACCACCAUAACCACCAGCAUCUUAUGCAUGAUAAGAGUCGGGCCAGAGACGACCAACAUCUUGGUUAUCAUGGCACGAUGUCAGCCAAAUCCUCGUACGUGAGCGCACCAUCACCAGCGCCCCCUGCCGACGGAUCCUACUUCAAUAUGUCGGACAGGUAUCUCUCUUACCCACCUCCACUAAAUUUCCAAAAUCCCCCACCAAUACCGGCGCAUCCACACAUGACGCACUCUAUGGCUCCGAUAACUCCGCCCCUACCGUCCAAUGGCACCUUGCAUCGCCAGCGACCGCCAGUACCGCCGCCAGAUGUCCUUCACAACACCAACCAAGGCUCGCAGAUACUACAGGCGCAGAACUUGUCGCAGAAACGCGAACUUACAAGUUUCGGUAACGGUUACGGUGUUAACGAACAGGAGGGACACCUUGUAUGAGAUACGGACGAUGUUUUAUACGUGCUUUAAACUAGAUGUAGUGUCAGAAAAAUGUGUGGAUUGGUGUGAGAGGAGUGUAUGGGAUUCGAUGAUUUUAGUCGUUCAUGAAUUACUCGUGGUUUUAUGCGUAUAUGUUUUUGCUACCUGGAUGUGGACAAAAACUAUUUUAACUAGGUGUUUAUGAGGUUGGAAUAUCAGUUUUGAAAUAUUGGUGUUAUUGGGAAAACAACACAGAAUUAAAAAUUUAGGUUUUGUAACCCCUGAACUCCCAACACCCUGUAUUUCAGCAUUGAUGUUCCAUCGAAAGACUAAAAUAACCAUUAACUGAUACUCAGUUGCAAAGUUAAAAUAAAUAAAUAAUUGUGAUUAUGAAUUUUACGAAGAAAGAAGUAUUUUUAUAUUGUGCAUUUUUACUUAUGGAGUUGUUUAAGUUAUCAAUCGAUAAGUUGUUUUGUAAAUUUAAAUUGUAAAUAGAGAAAAUCUAUUAUUUAGUUUUGCUCUCAGUAUUUACUAGUCCAAACGAAUAACCAAAGUUAACUCUUAAUUUUGUUUGUUGAGAACUUAGUUUCUUUUAUGUACAUUUCUACUUGAUUAUUUAUUAGAGAAUAUUUUCAUUUUGUAAAUAUUGAAAUUUUAAUGUUUAUUUUUCAAUUCCAAACCGAUGGACGAAUAGGGUAUAACUUAUGAAUAAAAAUAAACAAUGAACUCAAACAUUAUUUUUAUUCAUCAAAAAAAUGUAAAAUAGCCAAAACAAUCAUUCAUAGAACAUUUAUUAUAAAUUCGAAUUGUAAAUAACAUGUUGACGAAUAAAGAAAUUUUGUAAAUAUUGUAAAACAUUUGAAACUUAAACCUUCCAAUUUUGCCAAUGAUGUAGAGAGUAAAGAGGAAUAAAAAAUGUUUGAAAGUGCCUUUAAGAUACAAUCUGCCGUGUAUUAUAUUCCAGUGUUUUCAAUAUCUCCGUCAGGUUUGUUUCAUUUCAUUUUUGUAUAUACUACUUGAAUAUCAUUGAAUGUACUCUGUAAGCUAUUCAGGACAUAUAUUGAACAAACAGAAUAUUUCAUUUCUUUGUCACAUUUGAUUCAGAAUUUUUUCUUUUUCAUUAUAAUUAUUUUUCUUUGAUUUGAAUUUUAUUUUCCUUUAAAAGUUUCGUUCAACAUUUAUUUUCAGUUUUAUAUUAUGAUUGAAUUUUAAUUUUUCUUUCCUUCAUAUUUUUUUCAGUUCGUUUCAUGAAUUAUAUUUUUUUUUGGACAGCGGAAACACUAAAGAUUUUCAAACAGAUUUUCUCAAGAAAUCAAUUGACUGAUCAACGAAACAUUUCUGAUGAAAUAUUCUGUAUAUUAUAUUAUCUGUAUCAUAGAGAAGAAGGCUCAUUGUAAAUCUAAACUGUUAAAUUGUCCAGUCAAUAACUUUAUGUAUGUAUGUUCAUCUCAUAAUGUAAUAUUGUUAAAAUUUACUAUUAUUAAACGCUCAUACUUGA